GACGUAAAAGCUUAAAAAGCACUCGUCACGAAGAGAAAACAAAAAAGGGAGUGUUUUUUGAAUCGCUGCUGCUACCAAUGGAGUUCUUGGGAGGUCGCGAUUCCGAUUCCGAAUACGCUUUCCGAUUGCAGAUGGAGGAGGCCCUCGCUGCUUCCCUCGCUUCCCGAUCUCGUGCUCCACCGUCGCCUCCCGUUGUCGCUAGGAGUGGAUUCGCUGUCGUGGUGGAGGAUGAGGAGAUCGCGCGUCAAAGAAACACCGGCGGCGGAGAAGGUAACUCGAGAGGAAAAGGGAAAACUCACCACGAGACAGUCUCUGGUAUACGGAGAGACGAUCGAAACCCUAACAGUAAAGUCCAGAAUGCUUCUGCGUACGUUGGUGAUGCCGUGAGGAGGGGGAGUUUCAGGGGGGACUUGAUGUAUAGACUUUACUUCAAGGGUUUGGUGAGCGAGGAGACUGGGACUGGGAAGGGGAAGGUGAGUGACGUGGCGGCUGGGUUUGGGGUUGCGAUUUGCGACCAGAGGGAUAAUCUGUUGUUUGAGUCCAAGGGACAGCUUGUUGGCCGUGGCGCGAAUCGUCAGGGAGCGGAGAUUCAGGCGUUGACAAUAGGGUUGACCGAAGCAUGGAAGCUGGGGAUCAAACACGUUUCUAUCUUCUGCGAUUCUUUUCCCAUCUUCCAAUUCGUCAGGGGAAGCUGGACGCCUAAGCAAAAAAAGAUUGCCAUGCUAAUGGAUGAUUUGAAACGGAUCAGGCAACAAUUCUCGUUUACUCAAGCUGUUCUGGUGGCUGGAAAUGAAGUGAAAUAUGCUUAUAAACUCGCUAGGGAGUCCAUUGUUUCGCAAGCAAUCCCUCAAGACAACCCCCGCCAAGCUAAAGUAGCUGCUAGGAAAGAAGAGUGUCUUAUCUGUUUUAACGAUAUCGAUCCUGAGCGCAUGUUUUCUAUCGGCAAAUGCAGUCAUCGGUUUUGCUUUCAGUGUGUGAAGCAACAUGUAGAGGUGAAGCUGCUUCACGGAAUGAUUCCGAAUUGUCCUCAUGAUAAAUGCAAGUCUGAGAUGGUGAUCGAUGCGUGUGGCAAGCUUUUGACUCCGAAAUUGGGUGAAAUGUGGAAGCAAAGGAUCAAGGAGAACGCAAUACCUGUCACCGAGAGAGUUUACUGUCCUUACCUGAAGUGUUCGGCUUUGAUGUCCAAAACCAAGAUAUCUGAAUCGGCCAAGAGCUUACAGUCUGCUUACCCUGCAACUGGAGUCAGGAGAUGUGUCGAAUGUCGUGGCCUUUUCUGUGUGGAUUGUAAAGUCCCGUGGCAUGGGAAGCUGUCAUGCGCCGAGUACAAGAAACUGCAUCCUAAUCCUCCAGCAGAUGAUGUGAAGCUAAAGUCUCUGGCGAAUAAUAAAAUGUGGCGCCAAUGUGGUAAGUGCCAGCACAUGAUUGAACUUAGUCAAGGAUGCAAUCACAUAACUUGCAGAUGUGGGCAUGAGUUUUGCUACAACUGUGGAGGAGGAUGGAACCAAAAAACAGGGACUUGUGUUAAGCAAUGCCCGACCUGGGACGAAGCGUACAUCAUGCGUCAAGAUCCAGGGCGUGCGUAUGUGGCGCCUAACAACUACUUUGAUGAUCAUGAUGAGGAGGAUGAUGAUGAGGAUUAUGAAGAUUUUGAGUACGGCUAUGGUGACUUCCCCUUUAACUUGGGGCAACAUAUGAAUAUUGUUAAUCCUGAAGAGCCCUUUGAUCCCUUCUUCGACCUGCCAGAUGGUGUGAUCCUUCACCCAUCUAUGCUGUCUCCCAGGAGCCGUCAGCAAUUCUACGACUCGGAUGAUGAUUCUGAUGAGGAAACGUUGCGACCACCUCAUUUGAGACAGAGUAAUGCCCCGUCUGGUAAUGAGACAGCAAGAGUUAAUGGUCAUUUGAGACAGAGUAAUGCCCCGUCUGGAAAUGAGACGACAAGAGUUAAUGCUCCUCCUGAGGAAGAAGAAGAAGAAGUUAACGACUGCCCAUACUUCGGAACGUAUGGAAAGUACGCUAUAGUAUACGACUCGGACGGCUAUGAAAUCGAGGAUUACACGAACCCUUUCCAUCCAGAUUACUAUCCUCAGUUUUGAGUUAAUUUGGAACCAAAGUUCAUCUCUUUUUUUUUCUCCUCAGCUUCAAACACUUUGCUAUAUGACUUUUUCGGCUGUAAUGUUUUUGGAGGUUCAUAUGUUUUCUAUGACUUGUUGCUGCGUUUGAGUUUGGGAGAUUGAGAAAAGUGCAAAACUUGGAAUUUGUAGAAACCUUGGGUCUGAAGGUA